GUGCGUGUGCCCGACGGCAUUGACAAGAACACGCACGUAGCUGUCAGUAGGAAAUGCAGGCUGCGGGUGUUGGAUGUACCGCUGCGUUUGGAUAAAUUAACGCUAAACAAAGAAUGCCCUUUUUCUUUCAGAAUGAAAACUAUUACUUAGAAGAGGAGGUUGCGGAACCGGAGCUGUGGCGGGGGGGCGUGCGAAACCCCUGGCUAUCCAGGCGGACUGAUCACAGUGACACGCCGGUCGUGGGAGAGAUCAGAGUGGAACCAUGGCCGAACUCUCCACCCUAUCCCCAUCACCACCUGCAUUGGGUGAUCCUCAUGCAGCUCCAUCCAUUCCUCUGUCCUCAUCAGCGCUCCCUGCUACCAACAACCCUGCUCCAGAUUCUGCCAGGGAGAUACACAUACCCAAGUCUUCCCUCUACAAUGACAAAGCUUUGACUGGAAACACCCCUUCAGCACUGUCAGGAGGUUCUCCCUUAACCCCCCACCCACCCUUGAGUCCUCCCAAACUCAUUGCUGAGACCACCCUCACAUUAUUGGUACAUGAGGCUGCUCCACAGAGAGAGGAAUCAGCAGGGAAAGAUGGAGAGCCUGGAGGUCAUGUUGUUAAGCAGGAGACAAUGACCGGUGACCCAGCAGCUGCAGAACUCUUGAAUACUGAAACCCCAGCACUGUCAAGUGAGCCAUCAGCUCCGAGCGAAGUGCAACAGGCAUCCCCCUCUCCUGAUCUGAAUCCUGGUCCUAAUCUCUACCCCAAUGUACAUGUCACCCACAAUCCAAAUCCUAUCAUGGAUGAUGGUCAAUUUACAGCGGACCAACCCCAAGCCGCUGCAGCCUCCAAUCCCACGCCUGAUCCUCCAGAAUCCACCGAUAUGGCAGCAUCAGCAUUGGCUGAAGAGGAGACACCUCAGCCACUUCAACAAGCACAAAACCCUCAAAGUCAGCCUCCUCUGCUCUCCCCAAAGCCUGACACUACCAGUGAAGCAAGGAAAGAAGAACUGCCCAGCACCCCUACCAGAGCCGAACACCCCAGCCCUACUGUCCCACUGAUCCACGAGCCAGCCUCUGCCUUCUCGCUGCCCAAUCCCCGGCAGGCCCUUGACACCCUCAGCUACCUAGAGUCAGCCAGCCUAAUGUCGGGGACGUUGGAGUCUCUCUCUGGGCUGGGAGAGGAUGGCAGCUCUGUGGGCUCAGACUCAGAGAUCAAUGGCCUGACUGUCAGACGCACUGAUAAAUAUGGCUUCCUAGGUGGGACUCAGUACAGUGAUGUGGGUGAAAAGGAAGUUCGAGUUGAAGUCGCCCGACAGAGGGAGGUUAAAUGGCUUGAUAUGUUCCACAACUGGGAUAAGUGGAUCAAACAUCGCUUCCAGAAGGUAAAGUUGCGCUGCAGAAAGGGGAUUCCAUCUUCUCUCAGAGCCAAAGCCUGGCAGCUGCUGUCCAACAGCCAAGAGCUCCUAGAUGCCAACCCUGGGAAAUUUGAGGAGCUGGAGAGAGAGCAGGGAGAAGCUAAAUGGCUGGACAUUAUAGAGAAGGAUCUCCACAGACAGUUCCCCUUCCAUGAGAUGUUUGCUGCUCGUGGUGGCCAUGGACAACAGGAUCUGUACCGGAUCCUGAAGGCCUAUACCAUCUACCGGCCUGACGAGGGCUACUGCCAGGCCCAGGCUCCAGUGGCUGCAGUGCUGCUCAUGCAUAUGCCUGCUGAGCAAGCUUUUUGGUGCCUCGUCCAGAUAUGUGAGAAGUACCUUCCUGGCUACUACAGCGCUGGACUGGAAGCAAUCCAGCUGGAUGGCGAGAUCUUUUUCUCCCUGUUACGGCGUACGUGUCCGAUGGCGUACCGUCAUCUCAAGAAGUUCAAGAUUGACCCAAUUCUCUACAUGACUGAGUGGUUCAUGUGUAUCUUCUCACGCACCUUACCAUGGGCCAGUGUUCUGCGUGUAUGGGACAUGUUCUUCUGUGAAGGGGUGAAGAUAGUGUUUCGUGUGGGCCUGGUGCUACUGAAACAGAUGCUUGGCUCUGUCGAUAAACUUAGGGAAUUGCAGGGCAUGUAUGAAACUAUGGAGCGUCUAAGGAACAUCUCACCUGACACUUUCAGAGAGGACAUAUUGGUACAGGAGAUUAUCACGCUCCCGGUGACAGAGGCGCUUAUAGAGAGGGAGUGCAGUGUCCAGGUGAGGAAGUGGAAGGAGUCCAGAGGGGAGCUGACACACCAGCCAGGCCGCCGCCUCCACGGUACGAGAGCCAUCUUUGAGUACAAACGCCGUGCCGCCUCCAUCAGCUCCGGUGGUAGCUUCUCUUUCCUGGGAAGCCCAAUCCCUCCACCAGGACCCCUCAGGGCCUCUUCCAGCCUCCUCUCACUCCCUGGCUUCCGCAAGUCCAGGACUCCUUUCCACUCCCACCCCAAGAAAGGCUCCUUCUCAGGGCCAUCAGGAAUGGAGGGCCUGCAGCAUCAGUCCCCACCUGCAGUAACAUCAAGCCCGGGACGAGGCACCAGCCAUAAACCACCCAUUCCUCCCGGGGCAGGUCAGAGGGCACCGCCACCCCACACUCAGAGCCCCUUAGUUGCUCAGGCCUCAGAGGUUACCUCAGCACAGGGCCAGCCUACUGCUUCAGCCCCAAUACAAAGCACAUCACCACCACCUAGCACUCUAUCCCCCUCCCCUAAGAUCGUCUCUGAGCAAAUUACUCCUACUAUCCCCUCUCCUACUGCAAACAACGCCCCCUUGCCGCCAUUUCCAGAUUCAAAAAAAGAAGUGGCGCCAGUGGCUGAUGCCACAGCUGUUGAGGAAGAGGGAAAGAAGAAGAAGAGCAAAGACAAGAAGAAGGAAAAGGAAGAUGAGAAGAAAAAACUAAAGGAAAAGAAAGAAAAGGAAAAGGCUGAAAAAGAGGGGCUCAGGAAGGAGAAAGAGAGGCUAGAAAAAGAGAAGAAGAAAGGGGGGAAGAAAAAGGACAAAGGGAGAGGAGAAGCCGAGGACAAAAAUGGAGCUACAGCAGCGAGAGAUUCGGCCUAGUUUUCCACCUUGUCAUUCCAGGAAAAUGAAAAGGGACACUGAACAAAAAAAGAGGUCAGGGGAACAAAAGACCCCCAGAAACAGGGUGAUUAAUAAAAUAUAAAAUGGGAUGGCUUCCUGUAUAACGCAUCCUUUUGAAGACUUAAUGUAGUCCCAGGACUGUGGAGAAAACUGGAUCAUGGUUUUAAUGCCUCGGGGGGCUUUUUGCCCUUCGUUCAACCAUUUUUUUCACUGAGUUUUAGUAAGAUGGGAUAAAUUUCCUUUUUCAACUGGAGCAUGGACUGUGAAUCUGAAUAAAAUUUCAGAAGAUUACAGUCAUUAUCUCUUUUAGUUUUUUUUUUUUAAAUUCUUGAUUUGUUUUUUUUUUGUUUUAUUAUUUUAAUCAGAUUGAUAGCUGUGGUUAGAAAAACAUCGACUCAAAGGAUUGUUGAACUGAAGGUUUGCAGAAAUAGUUAUGGUGCCAUAGAUUAUGUAAAUAAAAAGUCUACCUACAGUACAUAGGAUCCUGUUAGCACUCCAUAUGCCCCAUUAGUUCUCAUCUGUGGACAGGUUAUCUGAAUGCCUGGAACAAAAAGAAAAGUAUACCCUUUAAGGUCAUCUCAAAUGCAGGCACUGAAGGUAGAAAUGCUAGCAAUGUUGUUGAGGAUGUAUUUAUUGUCAUGUUAAAUGUUGUGAGUGUGUGCCUUAGUAGUAUAGUGAAAUGUGUUACUGUUCUAUGUGUGGCCUCCCUGUUUUCAGUCUCUCUCUGCCUGCUUUAUUUUAUCUUGUCGUGUGUGGUUCUCCCCAAAUUCUUCUGUCAUCGGUAUAAAUCUGAUGGGGGAAAUGGAGGGAAUGUAUACAGACGAAAACAGGGAGAAAAUUAAAAAUACAGCCACACACCAUGCAGUGGUGGCUGUUUUUUAAUGGUCUGUUUAUGUGUGUUAUUUUGUCUCUGACAAAACAACACACAGGGAGCAUUUUAUUGUUUUUAUUUCAUGCUUCAAUUUAAAUUUCUUUUUGUCUGAGGUUGAUUUUUUUUUUUUUGCAAAAAAAAGCGGAAGCAACAUUAUUGUUAAACUGGUCACGUGAAAACCUGCAGUGACCGUGCACAAAUCCUGCACACCAAAUGUCCAUCUAUAAAAUUUGUAUUAUUUUGCUUUUGACGAACAAAAUCCUACAUAAUGUAUUUUAUUUAGCCAAAUUUCAGUAUGGGUAAGAACUUAUGUUCUUUAACCCAUUAGAAUGUGAUUUCAAGUAUCUUAAGCGAAUGAAGGAUUUUUGCAUUUGUGAUUUUUCACAAAGCACCACUGAAGUCGACCACUCCGUUAGUGUAGUGACGUAGAAAAUGAGAAUCUCAACAGGCCGAUUUCAUAGUUUGAAAUCUGUACUUUGAGGACCUAUAGGAAGCCACUUGACUGGAGGUGCCAGGUGUGCCAAUGUAGCAUUAACCUUUGAUCUUUGACCUUUGGGCUCUGAUGUAUUUAUGUACAAAGUGGUUAAUUUAAUCAAAUAUAGUAUAUUAUGAAUUAUUAUUAUUAUUAUUAUUAUUUUGGAUCUGACUAUUUUUCUAUGUGAGUAAGAGACACCUGGUUGACUGGAACGAUGGCCGACUACACUCAGUGUAGCUGCAGCGGGAUCAUUUAAGUGUUCAUAUUUAAUUUCUUUUUUUUUUCUUUGCACGCUAAGUCCUCUGCUUUUACACAACAAACUUGAUGCAUGUCUUUGCUAUUAUUUAAGUUUAAUGUUGGUUUGGUCAUCUUUAGGUUUGUGAGUCUCCAGUUUACGGAAGUGCAGUAUUAAACAGACUUGACUGGAAAAAUGGGCCUCCGACAGAACAAACAGUGACAUGAGUGAUUCAGACAGAAUUUUUGGGAGUUGAAGGUCUUAAUCGUACUGUAUAAUAUACUAAGAGGUGAUUUAUGAGCUUUGAAUAGUUUGUUAAUUUGAGAUCUUAAGUAUGUCUGUCUCAUCAAGUUGUGUUGUAACAUUGAUAAUGACUUAUAGAUUAACUCCCUAAUCAUAUUUACACUCAGUGUCCUGUACUGUAAGAUAUUUAUGCAUACAUUAAACUGCACUGAACCCCAUCAGUAUACGAUGAAUAGUGCCAGGUAGUUAGUGUAAAACCAUUUGAUGGCAAAAAACAUUGAUGCUCUUUAACUGUACUGUUUUUGUAGUUAAGGAUUAGAGGGACUUUCGUGUAGUUGUAGCCAACAUGUCCUCCAUAUUCAUUGUUUUUCACUUAUUUCAGGUCUUUACAUGGCUGUCAUUUAAAUAUAUAGAUAUCACACACUCCCUCCUAAUUUGACACUAGUGCAUUUAUAGACAAAUUAGUUUAGUGUUAGUGAGGAUAAACUGAACACAUCUAUGCAAACCAUCCUCCAUCAUGACUUGGUAGUGUGUGGUGACAGCAGCACUGAUUUCACCUCUGAUCGUGACGAUCAGAUUGGUGCCAUGGAAGAAUGAAUUUUGUGCUUCAGUAGGUAUUUUUCUGAGCACACUUUGAGACCCGUGGACUACAAUAUCUUAUGAGCAAUAUGUCCUUGCAGCUCAUGUCUUGAUGAUAAUUUCUCUUUAUUCAGGGGGCUCGAGAUGUCGUGAUGAUCAAAUUAAUCUCUCACUAGCUUGUGAUUUCCCGCUGUGGAAACAGCACUUAACUCUGCAAUAUUGAGGAUGAAUCAAUAAAUCAAUUUCUACAGGUCCUUUUUGCAUUUCAGCAUUGAUCCUGAAAUUGUCAUUCUUGAUUACAUUUGAUUGGGAAUGACCCCACUGAUGCAAAUAUUUAAAGAAGCAUUUCAGCUGUUUUUCUCCCCAUGCCGUUAUGUCUUUUGUGUUUUUAAGUUUACAUGUCACUCUCUCUGGCGAAAAGUGAAAUUAAAUCAUAGCUAAUUGAAUUCAUUCCUUCAGAUCUACAACUGAUGUAUUUAAAUGAUGAUAAUGACAUUUGUGAUGAGUAAUAAACCAUAAUAUAUUAAAUCA